AUGUCCACCGACGAAGUCAACCCGUACGAGCUGCUGAGCGUCAAGGUCGAAUCCACAGAGCAAGAAAUACGAACAGCGUACCGCCAGCGGUCCCUCAAAGUCCACCCAGACAGGAAUCCUAAUAACCCAGAUGCAGCACGCAAGUUUCACGAACUAAACCAAGCCUACGAACUGCUUCUUGACCCCCUCCGGAGGCUCGCCCUCGAUGCGAAAUUGCGCGUAAAGCAGGCAAAAGCAGAAAGGUUCAAGAACUACGAUAAUAAGCGGAAGAAUCUUGUCGAAGAACUCGAGGCGAAAGAACGUGAAUACAAAAAGGCGAGGGUCGACAAGCAGAAGGAAGAGGUGGAUAAAUGGCAUCAAACAGAAAAAAUUAAGGAGGAAGGCAGGAAGCUGAGGGAGGAAAGGGAGUUGUUGAUGAGGGCUCGGCAACAACAGGAACCAAGAGCAGAUCAGGAAGAGGACGUGCCUCCUGCUUUAGUCCGACUGAAAUACAAGCUCAAAACACAUCAAGAACUGACGACGCCUGAAUCUAUUGCAGCCCUUCUUUCACCUUUCGGAAGCGUAGACGCCGAGAGUAUUGUAAUAUCACUCAAAAACAAGUCAUCUUCAGGCAAACCACCGAAAUACGUCACUGCCCUUGUUCCAUUUCGACAAAUCGGAAGUGCUUUCGCGGCCGUAUGUGCUAGCAACCAGGGAGUGCUGGAUGGUGUAGAGGCGGGGUGGGUCGGUGGUCAAGAGCCGGAAAUAUUAGUGUGGUUGAAAAAGAUGGGCAAACUUGGGGCGCAACCUCAACCGCCUGUACGGCCAUCCUCCAGUCUAGGUCUGGAAGGAGACUUGCCCCAGACCGAGACCGAUCCCCCAUCUUCAUUUCCUUCUUUUCCCACCUCACCUUUACGGCAUCCAAUACCCACAUCCGCACCUCCUGAUCUCACUGCAGCCGGGAUAGAUUAUGAGUCCUUAACACUCAUGCGGCUUCGGCAAACGGAGAGGGAGCGGUUGGAGCGGGAAAUCAGAGAACAAGAGGAUUUAGAGCAGUGA